GUAAUUCAGUGGUUUCCGGAGCUGCGGCGGCCCAGACGGGGAGGGAGAGCGUGAGGUUCCGACGUCGCCGCGGAGGGAACAAGCCCCAACCGGAUCCUUGACGAGCAUCCCGGCUCUGCUCCCUCUUGGCGUCGGCUAGGAGAGGCCCAGCGGUCCGAGGGAGCCCUCCGCUCGCACCUCGCGCAAGCGCAGCCCCGGCCUGUCGGGCCUCAGCCGGAGAAACAGUUGGGACCCCUGAUUCCAGCAGGAUGGCCCAAUGGAAUCAGCUGCAGCAGCUCGACACGCGGUACCUGGAACAGCUUCAUCAGCUGUACAGUGACAGCUUCCCGAUGGAGCUACGGCAGUUUCUGGCCCCUUGGAUUGAGAGUCAAGAUUGGGCAUACGCAGCCAGCAAAGAAUCACAUGCUACUUUGGUGUUUCAUAAUCUCUUGGGUGAGAUUGACCAGCAGUAUAGUCGCUUCCUACAAGAGUCCAAUGUUCUCUAUCAGCACAAUCUGCGAAGAAUCAAGCAGUUCCUUCAGAGUAGAUACCUUGAGAAGCCAAUGGAGAUUGCCCGGAUUGUGGCCCGGUGUCUGUGGGAAGAGUCUCGCCUGCUCCAGACUGCAGCCGCCGCAGCCCAGCAAGGGGGCCAGGCCAACCACCCCACGGCUGCUGUGGUGACAGAGAAGCAGCAGAUGCUGGAGCAGCACCUGCAGGAUGUCCGGAAGAGAGUUCAGGAUCUAGAACAAAAAAUGAAAGUGGUAGAGAAUCUUCAGGAUGACUUUGAUUUCAACUAUAAAACCCUCAAGAGUCAAGGAGACAUGCAAGAUCUGAAUGGAAACAACCAGUCGGUGACCAGGCAGAAGAUGCAGCAGCUAGAACAGAUGCUUACUGCCCUUGACCAGAUGCGGAGGAGCAUUGUGAGUGAGCUGGCAGGGCUUUUGUCAGCGAUGGAGUACGUGCAGAAAACUCUCACGGAUGAAGAGCUGGCUGACUGGAAGAGGCGGCAACAGAUCGCCUGCAUUGGAGGCCCUCCCAACAUCUGCCUGGACCGUCUUGAAAACUGGAUAACCUCAUUAGCAGAAUCUCAACUUCAGACCCGCCAACAAAUUAAGAAACUAGAAGAGUUGCAGCAAAAAGUUUCCUACAAAGGGGACCCCAUUGUACAGCACCGGCCAAUGCUGGAGGAGAGAAUUGUGGAGCUGUUUAGAAACUUAAUGAAAAGUGCUUUUGUUGUCGAGCGGCAGCCCUGCAUGCCCAUGCAUCCCGACCGGCCGCUGGUCAUCAAGACUGGUGUCCAGUUUACUACCAAAGUCAGGUUGCUGGUCAAAUUCCCGGAGUUGAAUUAUCAGCUUAAAAUUAAAGUAUGCAUUGACAAAGACUCCGGGGAUGUGGCAGCUCUCAGAGGAUCCCGGAAAUUUAACAUUCUGGGCACAAAUACAAAAGUCAUGAACAUGGAAGAGUCCAACAAUGGCAGCCUGUCUGCAGAAUUCAAACACUUGACCCUGAGGGAGCAAAGAUGUGGGAAUGGGGGCCGAGCCAAUUGUGACGCCUCCCUGAUUGUGACCGAGGAGCUGCACCUGAUCACCUUUGAGACCGAGGUGUAUCACCAAGGCCUCAAGAUCGACCUAGAGACCCACUCCUUGCCAGUUGUGGUGAUCUCCAACAUCUGUCAGAUGCCAAACGCCUGGGCAUCAAUCCUGUGGUAUAACAUGCUGACCAACAACCCCAAGAACGUGAACUUCUUCACCAAGCCCCCAAUUGGAACAUGGGAUCAAGUGGCUGAGGUGCUGAGCUGGCAGUUCUCCUCCACUACAAAGCGAGGGCUGAGCAUCGAGCAGUUGACCACACUGGCCGAGAAGCUCUUAGGACCGGGUGUGAACUAUUCAGGGUGUCAGAUCACAUGGGCUAAAUUUUGCAAAGAAAACAUGGCCGGUAAGGGCUUCUCCUUUUGGGUCUGGCUGGACAAUAUCAUUGACCUUGUGAAAAAGUACAUUCUGGCUCUUUGGAAUGAAGGGUACAUCAUGGGCUUUAUCAGUAAGGAGCGGGAGCGGGCCAUCUUGAGCACCAAGCCCCCAGGCACCUUCCUGCUAAGAUUCAGUGAAAGCAGCAAAGAAGGAGGUGUCACCUUCACCUGGGUGGAAAAGGACAUCAGUGGUAAGACCCAGAUCCAGUCGGUGGAACCAUAUACCAAACAGCAGCUGAACAACAUGUCAUUUGCUGAAAUCAUCAUGGGCUAUAAAAUCAUGGAUGCUACCAAUAUCCUGGUGUCUCCACUGGUCUAUCUCUAUCCUGACAUUCCUAAGGAGGAGGCAUUUGGAAAGUAUUGUCGGCCAGAGAGCCAGGAGCACCCUGAAGCUGACCCAGGUAGUGCUGCUCCAUACCUGAAGACCAAGUUUAUCUGUGUGACACCAACGACCUGCAGCAAUACCAUUGACCUGCCGAUGUCCCCCCGCACUUUAGAUUCAUUGAUGCAGUUUGGAAAUAAUGGUGAAGGUGCUGAACCCUCAGCAGGAGGGCAGUUUGAGUCCCUCACAUUUGACAUGGAGUUGACCUCGGAGUGCGCUACCUCCCCCAUGUGAGGCGCUGAGAACGGAAGCUGCAGAAGAGAUAUGUCUGAGGCACCUACCUGUGUUCCACCGCCCCUUACACAGCCAAACCCCAGAUCAUCUGUAACUCCUCACUUUGUGGUUCCAGAUUUUUUUUUUUUUUUUUACUUCUUCUAUCUUUGAGCAAUUCAGGCACUUUUAAAAAUAGAGAAAUGAAUGAAUGUGGGUGAUAUGCUUGUAUCUAAAUGCAAAUAGGAAUGUAUUCUCUGAGACUGUGGUCAGGGUACAUGGAAUGGGGUGGCUAGAGGGAGAGAAGGAAAUCUCUUGUGUGUUUUUGUUCCCCUGCCCUCCUUUCUCAGCAGCUUAUUGUUGUUGUUGUUGUUGUGUUGUUAGACAAGUGCCUCCUGGUGCCAGCAGCGUCCUUCUGCCUAUUUCUGUAAGCUCGUGCCACAGGCCGCCUGUAGCUGCACCCUCCUGGCAUCGCACUUUUAAUCUUGCUAACAUCCAAAUAGAGAAUAGGACUAUCUAAGCCCCUAGGUUUCUUUUUUAAAUUAAAGAAUAGUAAUAAUACUUAAAGGGCAAAAAACUGUAUCAGCAUAGCCUUUCUGUAUUUAAGAAAACCUAGUAAACAGCCUCCUUGGUGCUUUAAGCAUUCAGCUUUCUUCAGGCUGAUAAUUCAUAUAAACCCUGAAAUGAGCUUCAGGUCAAACCCUUUAAAUACAUCCGAAGCUGUGGCUUGCCCUUUGGUUUUGAAAUAGGAAGGUUUGAGGAGAACCUAAACAUUUUAGAGUUUUUUAUGAGCAGAUUUUUAUUUUCCCUUGUAAUGUGUUGGCCUUUUAGUGGGUAAGGCUGGGCAGAGGGCACUUAAAACCUUCCCUCCCUUUCUCCCUGGACUUCAGCUCCUGUUCUAGAACCUAGGUUGUUUCUGUGGGUGCCUUAUCAGGGCUAGGAUGAUUCUGGCUUCUUUACCUCCAGUUCACUUGAUUCUACCAGUGGCAUGUCUCCUUCCAGUGUCUAAAGGUCCUUUGUCCUGUUUGCUUUAGGAAUCCUGGUCUCAGGACCUUAUGAAAAAAGGAAAGAGUUACAGGUGAACAAGACUCAGACUAUGGGGCCCCAGCGAAGUGUCUAGUUGAGCUCAGGGAAAAUGGUUCUUAUCCAGUUUCUUGGUGAUUUCUCGCAGCACCUGUAAUCACUUCUUCACUUGGCCAGUACAGGGCAAAGGCCUACUGAUAAACUCGAGGUCUGCCCCUCGGGUGAGGGGCAGACACCUGGCCUCCCUUGGGGCUGGUAGCUAUCUCCUCGCCAUUGGGGCCCCACAUGUGAGGCAUAACAGCUUGCGUGCCUGCCCCUCCUUUGGCCUUUGUGGCUGCCUGCCAGCCUCCACCCGCCGGCUCACCCUCACUGUGCAUCUGGGUGCACUUAGCAGUGUGCUAGGUGGGCUUCCUCUAACCCACAGGCACGGCUAAACCACCUUGCCUCUGUGGAUCAGAGCUUCUAUUCUGUUUGUUAGACCCAGAUUAGCUAGUUUCUGAAUUAAGGGGGUAAGGACCUUCUCUCCAAAGUGAACAGGGCUUGCCCUUGGCCAUCCCUGUCCUUCUACCCAGAAAUGGUUGGCAUGUAAUACUGAGCUCUCCCCUCGCCAGCAGCACUCUUUAUUUCAUAAUAAGCUUAACUCACACACUGAGAGAAUAUUUAGAAAGAUGAGACUUGGGCUUACUAUUGGGUUUAAGUCAUUGGGAACCGGGAACAGGACUCGGACUUCUCUGGAGCAGACACUGUAGAAUUCUUUGCAAGCUUUAGGCGGCAUGCACGUCUGCUUCUAACUCUGAUGGUAGCAAAAGUCCUGAGAGGCGCUGAGACUUGUCCUGGCCCCUCCCUUAAAGGACAGAGUCCUCAGGACUUGCCCACUUCUCCACUGCCCUGUCCCCAGCCCAGCCAAGGGACUGCCAUGGUUCUCUUAACCUACCUAUACAGUGGUUUGUGAGCUGCUCUCUUAGCCACUGCAUUCAAAUUCCAAUGUAUACUUCAUAGUGUAAAAAUUUAUAUUAUUAUGGGUUUUGGUGUUUUUUGUUUUUUGUUUUGUAUAUUGCUGUAACUACCUUAACUUCCAGAAAUAAAAUUUAUAUAGGAACCGUU